AUGUCCAAGAAGGAAAAAAACUUAGUGAAAGAAGAUGCCGUUGUGAAGGAGGAAGACGAUGACUCCGACUCUAGCGAGAACCGAGAGGAGCUUAACUGGUGGGAGCAGGAAAACGUCCAGUUCACGACGAAGGGACAGAAGCGCUGGGACACGUUGUGUCAUAACGGUGUCAUGUUUCCUCCCGAGUACAAGCCCCAUGGCAUCCCAAUAUACUACGAAGGACGGGAGUUCAAGUUGACACCGGAGGAGGAGGAGGUUGCGACGAUGUUUGCUGUGAUGCGGGAACACGAUUACUACCGUAAUGAGAUUUUUCGUCGAAACUUUUUUUCUAGCUGGCGGGAGAUUCUUGACAAGCGCCAGCAUCCAAUUCGCCGGUUGGAAUUAUGUGAUUUUGAGCCCAUCUAUCAAUGGCACUUGCGGGAGCGCGAAAAGAAGUUAAGUCGCACGAAGGAGGAAAAGAAACAGUUGAGACUCGAGGCCGAAAAGGAAGCAGAGCCAUACAAGUGGUGUGUGUGGGAUGGAAAGAAGGAGCAAGUGGCAAAUUUCCGAGUAGAGCCCCCAGGACUAUUUCGUGGGCGUGGCCAACAUCCAAUGAUGGGAAAACUAAAGAAACGUGUUGAACCAGAGGAUAUCACGAUCAACAUAGACGAGUUUUCCCCUAUUCCAAAGCCCCCUGAAGGACAUCGGUGGAAAGAGGUUUUACACGAGCAUAACGUGACGUGGCUGGCGAUGUGGCGUGACUCCAUUCUUGGCAGCUUUAAGUAUGUUAUGCUCGCCCCUUCUUCAGCAAUCAAGGGGCAGUCGGACAUGCUGAAGUUUGAGAAGGCAAGGGAACUUAAGAAUCAUGUGGAUGAGAUUCGUCGAUGCUACAUAGAAGACUUUGAAUCGAGGGAACUGAUGAAAGCUCAACGUGCGGUGGCCAUGUACUUCAUUGACAAGUUGGCACUCCGUGUAGGGAACGAAAAAGGAUCGGAUGAGGCCGAUACCGUGGGAUGUUGUUCUCUUCGUGUGGAACACAUUGAACUAAAGCCCGACCACGUAGUAAAAUUUGAUUUUCUUGGUAAAGACUCCAUCCGGUAUGAGAAUGAGGCUGUGGUUCUUCCUCGAGUCUAUGAAUUACUCCGUCGUUUCACAAAAGGGAAGAAAACAGGCGACGACAUAUUUGAUAUGAUUACACCCACAGUGUUGAACGAUCACCUGAAGUCGUUUAUGGCCGGUCUGAGUGCAAAGGUGUUUCGUACAUACAAUGCAUCGAUCACAUUAGAUCGUUGGUUUAAAGAAAAACCAGUACCGCCUUCAGCCUCUGUGGCGGAUAAACUUGCAUACUUCAACAAGGCCAACACGGAGGUUGCGAUUUUAUGUAAUCAUCAAAAGUCCAUCUCGAAAAAUCAUCAUAAUUUGAUGCAUCAACUGACACAAAAGUCAAGUUAUACCCGUACAAUAAUUGAUGCUCUCAAACGCGCCCAAGAGACAACUAAAAAGAAGUCACUGGAGCAGGCUGUGAAGGAGUACUUUGCGGAGAUGGAUGAGAUGCAAUAUAAGUGGCUUGAGGCAUACGGUACGGAGGAGCAGAAGAAGGAAUACGAUGAGAUUGUUAAAAAUAGAGGCAUGCCGCGGCAGAGUUCAUCCACGUCCAAAUCGAAUGGCUCCAGGUCCAAUGGAAAGAAGAAGAAGAGGAAUAGCGGUGACGGCGAGAGAGGAAAGAAGAAAAGGGCAAAGUCAGCAAAAAAGUCUAAAAAGCAGAAGAAGGGGGUGAAGAAAUCAAAGAAGACAACUUCCCACAAGUCUCGGAGCAGGGCGAAAAAUGCGGAGGUGUCGGAAUCCGAGGACGACAUGUCGGUUGCAGAUAUUGUAAAGAAGAAGAGCAAAAUUGACACCAGCGACAAGGAUGGGCGUAGGGGUCGGGUGAAGCGCGACCGCGGUGGGAAUCCGAAGUUGAAGGCGGAGGCAAGCGACGAUGAGGAUGUUCCUCUCAGUGCGCUCUUUGGGGCGUGA